AUGGGGGCCCUGGCCCGGGAGAUGGCGGCGACUUUGAGGGAGUUCAUGAACAUUUUACGGGCAGAGACCCAAGCGAGGGAGAAUGUUGCGGAGACUAGAGCUAGCUUCCUCAGGAGGAAGUUUUUAAGGGCCAAGCCGGAUGAGUUCCAUGGCGGCCCCGAUCCAAGGAAGGCGGACAAAUGGUUGGAACAAACUGUGAAGACCUUUGAUAUGCUUCACAUAGAGGAUGGGGAGUUGAGGGUGACCCUUGCUAGUUAUUACCUCAAAGGGGCUUUCCAGGACAAGUACCUACCACCCACUGCUAGGGAGAGGUUGAGGCAGGAGUUCAAGGACCUUAAGCAACUGAACAUGUCAGUGGCCGAGUUUGAAGCGGCCUUUUCCAAUUUGUCCCGGUUUGCACCAGAAUUGGUAGCGACGGAGAAGCGUCGUUGCUUCGAGUUUGAGCAAAGGUUGAGAACCAAGAUCUUGUAUAAGGUAGCCGGGAACAUGGUCCAUGAGUAUGAUCACCUUGUGGAGGUGGCUGCACAUGUGGAGAUUACUGUGGAGGCCGAGGAGGAGAGGCAAUGGAACUCGAGGUCUAGGGGCCAAGGAUCUUAG